AUGGUUGGGGCGAAAACCCCGUGUUCGCACAACGAGCAGGCCGGAAAACAGCUACCAAAGCCUGUUAUCGAUUUCUUCGAGCAGGUAGUUACCUACUGCGGUUUCAUGCAACGCCAAACGACGGAUAUCCUCGAUAGAAAUAACGUCCAACAACAUACCUACAGUACCCAGUCAAGCAUUCGGAACCAGAGCUACCAAUCUUGGGCCUCCGUGGUCAGGAAUGCGCCUCCUCUAGCCUAUACGAUUUCCACUUACGGCUCCUUUAGUACCGCCCCGGCCACCCUGUCAGAGCUCAGCAAGGACCGCGAAGUGAUCGUCAAACUGCGAGAUGCUGGUGCCCAGAAGACCUACCGAAAGAAGUCAUCAGCAGAGAUAAAGAUAAAGGCAGAGAAUACAAGGAAAAGAGCUGUAGCAACGAUUCUAACGCUCUCUCUGGCGAGGGCCCGAUUCGUCUCUGUUAAGCAGCUGCGCUCGGGAGAUCUUAGCUUGGCUCUACGUACUGCCGCGGAGGCCGAGACUGCUAGGAUCUACGAUAAAUGGGCGGAUGUCAUGUCAAGCGGGGCCACCCUGCGACGCCCUACAUGGGGCGUGGUAGUCUAUGGCAUCCCGAUCAAGUCAAUCCAGGACCUGAGUGAUCAGAGCGAACAGAAUCGAGUAGCUAACGAGCUACUCGACGAGAACAGGGAGGUUUGGAACCAGAAACCUGAUAUCAAGCGCGUAAUCUGGCUUACCUAUCCCUCCAAUUAUAAGAACCAGAAAUCCUCCGCUCUCAUCGUCAAAUUCUCUGACCCGAGGCAUGCAAACGAGGCAAUCAUGAAAGGGACUAUUUAG